AGGGCGGUGCUGCAUUCAUACGAGGCGAGCAGAAAUCUUGAAUAUGGUGUACGCACGACUGCAUUGAAUGCCCUCUUAUCUGCUAGUUUUAUUGCACUGUUCCGUCGUCCUCAAAAAAAGGAAAAAAAAACAUUAGGUCUUUACUUGCUUUUUAAAGCCGUCCAGAAAGGAAAAUGGGCAAUUGCCACACGGUAGGACCGAACGAAGCCCUGGUAGUAUCAGGUGGCUGCUGUGGCUCUGAUGAGAAAACGUAUACAGUGGGCGGCUGGGCCUGGGCAUGGUGGCUUAUCACCGACAUACAGAAACUCUCUCUGGAGAUAAUGACCAUCCUCUGUCGCUGUGAGAAUAUCGAAACUUCGGAGGGUGUCCCCUUGGAUGUGACAGGGGUCGCUCAGGUGAAGGUUAUGACCGACAAUGAGCUGCUGGGUUAUGCUUGUGAACAGUUCCUGGGCAAGACCGUGGCAGAGAUUAAAAGUGUCAUUCUGCAGACACUGGAAGGUCAUCUGCGCUCUAUUCUGGGGACUCUGACAGUGGAGCAGAUCUACCAGGACAGGGAUCAGUUUGCCAAGCUGGUGAGGGAGGUGGCGGCACCUGAUGUGGGCAGGAUGGGUAUUGAGAUCCUGAGCUUUACUAUUAAGGAUGUUUAUGAUAAGGUGGACUAUUUGAGCUCUUUGGGCAAAUCCCAGACUGCAGCUGUUCAGAGAGAUGCUGACAUUGGUGUGGCUGAAGCAGAGAGAGAUGCCGGAAUCAGGGAAGCAGAAUGUAAGAAGGAGAUGAUGGAUGUGAAAUUCCAAGCCGACACAAAAAUGGCAGACUCCAAGAGGGAGCUGGAGAUGCAGAAGGCUGCCUUCAAUCAAGAAGUGAACACAAAGAAAGCUGAGGCGCAGCUGGCCUAUGAGCUUCAGGCUGCCAAGGAGCAGCAGAAGAUCCGACUGGAGGAAAUUGAGAUUGAGGUGGUCCAGAGGAAGAAGCAGAUCUCUAUUGAGGAGAAGGAGAUCCUCAGGACGGAUAAAGAACUGAUUGCCACUGUGAGGAGACCAGCUGAGGCUGAAGCCUUCAAGAUGGAGCAGCUCGCAGAGGCAAAGAAGAUAAAGAAAGUGUUGACGGCGCAGGCUGAAGCAGAGAAGAUCAAACGCAUUGGAGAAGCAGAGGCCGGUUCCAUUGAGGCUGUGGGUAAAGCUGAAGCAGAGAAGAUGAGGCUCAAAGCUGAGGCCUAUCAGCAGUACGGGGAGGCUGCAAAAACCGCCCUCGUCCUGGAGGCUCUGCCAAAGAUUGCAGGAAAGGUGGCAGCACCCUUGGGCCGCACCAAUGAGAUCGUGAUCCUGAGUGGCGAUGGUGGUCGUGUCACUGGGGAAGUGAACCGUCUGCUGGCUGAACUGCCGGUUUCAGUAAACGCCCUCACAGGGGUGGAUCUGUCCAAGAUCCCUUUGCUGCAGAAAAUGACGAACCCUCAAGCUUGAACAGGCUUUUUCCACUGCUGCCUUUCCAGCCCUUCCACACUGAUUGCCUUGAAAAGAAACACUUGAAAGCUGUUUUCUUUUUGCAGAAAUGAGCAACUGUUCUGUUGUUUUUUAUUAGACCCCUGGUGCCUUUCCUCUACAGGACCAGAUUCCCUACGUGUGCUGUUCUUUUAUCACUUGUGUCUUUUUUCUGUCUGUUUAUCAGCCUCGUUUUUUGUUUAAACAACGUUACCUCAAUCAUGAUCGUUUGAUUAAUCACAGAAAGGUUUCAAAACUCUUUAUUGGGCAGCUGUAUCUAUGUGUAUGUAGUGAUAUAGAUAAGGAAGUCCAACCAUUUUAAUGGGUGGCUACGAUUGUAAUCAUAGUUACAUGUAUGCAAUGUAUUAAGUAUAGUGUAAAAGAGCCACUAUGUAAGGCAUGUUUAGUGGAUUGAUUAACUGCUCCUUUGAAAUUGUGAAGACUUUGCUGUUCAGGACUAAAGGAAAACGGACUUUUAUUUGAUCUAACCCACACAUUUAGGUGUACUCUUCACUUGUGCGCAUCUUUUUAUAUAGUUCAAACGUGAAUCGCUCUAGCAUAUUGUUUUUAUUACUUCUUUUAAAAUAAGGCUGUCUUGUUUUUUCUUUAUAGACUACUGGUCUGGUCAAAUGUUAACAAUGUAGUGUAUCAAGUGGUCCAAAAAGAAAAGUUACCUCACCCAUCUUUUAUUAGCUGCAAGCAAGAUAUUAUGACUUACUGUUAAAGUACAGUUGAACAUGAAGAUAUUCUAUGCCUUACAGAGUUUUAACGUAUUUCAGUUCAAUUCAGUAAUGCAGAUGGACAAUGAAACUUCUAAAGUACUUUCAGCAACAGUUAAUGUUCAAUGCAUUUUUUCUUUCAGUUAAUUAUUAACAUCCAGAUAAUGUGAGCACUCUUGUCGGUUAUAUGUGAAUUUUAAUUCCAGCUUCACUUUUUGCCCCAUUUAGAAGUGUGUUUUGUUCCCUUUUUUUUUUCUCCAGCUUGCUAUUUCAUCAUGAGAAUAGAAAUCAGCUUGCCAAACAUCAGUAGGUCAGACAGUGUAUCUGCGUUUAUUUUAUAUUGCUGCUGAUUUAUAAAUAAUCUUUGCUCAGUUAAUCAGAUGCCAAAUAAAACGUUCUUUUUUUACAGUAAAGUUUAACAAAGGUAUUUGUUGACAAAAAAAAAUCUGUUUGUCAGAACCAAGUCCGUUAAAAAAUUUUCAUUCUUCAAAACAAAGUGUUUAUUUGACUUUUUUUCACCUGGAAAAAAAGGAAAUGUGCUUUAAAAAUACAGCCAUUGUUUAGAAGAUGUUGCACACAUUUAAAAUCUAUGUUAGGCUGGAAAAAAUCAGUUUAAUCCAAGUCAACAAAAGCUUUGUUUCUGAGUUUGUAAUGCUCACACUAACAAUCACAUAUUGAGAAUGUGUUCUAUAGCAGUGCAUAUAGUUAAUUCCCCUAUAUAUUGUUGUAGGAUAAUUAAAAAUAGUAUACAAUGUACUGUAUCUAUUUGAAAACAUGUUUCUGAUCGGUCAAUAAACUCAUCUUGAUAUA